UCACGCCCCAACAAAGGACGAAGGGGCGACCCAAGAAGCCUGCGCACUCCUUGGGCUCAGUAACACUCCCAGCAGUCUCUGGGGGUAUAGCCACGCGCAAGCUGUUAAGAAUCAAGACGAAUUUCAAACGGUCCAUCCACCGCUUUCCCUGCUCCAAACUACAUUUCCCAGAAGGCUCAAUGGUGCGAGUUAUCUUACCUAGACCAAACUAGCCCUCCUCUUCCUGAACCCGAACAACUCCUGGGAUAGUAGGGUGGGUCCGAGAAGGAUCCCUAUUUCACACACGUCGGAGUGGUCUUCUUUGGAAACCAUUGCCUAAGACUGCGCCAGGCUCUGCAUGGCCUCCGGUGCCCGGCUCCAUGAAGGGGAGCAAUCCUUUAAGCCAGGCCGCAGCUAAACCCUGAGAGAAAUCCGGGCGAUCAGGAGCCAUCUUGCUCGCCGCAGCUUUGCCCUUUUCCAAGAGGAGCCCAGCAGAGGACUGGUCUUGGCUGCAAAUACCAAAACCAUGGCUCAGGAGUCAGUGAUGUUCAGUGAUGUGUCCAUAGACUUCUCUCAGGAGGAGUGGGAAUGCCUGAAUGAUGAUCAGAGAGAUUUAUACAGAGAUGUGAUGUUGGAGAAUUACAGCCACCUGGUUUCAAUGGCAGGACAUUCUGUUUCUAAACCAGAUGUGAUCUCCUUCUUGGAGCAGGGGAAGGAGCCCUGGUUGGUUGACAGAGAACUAACAAGAGACCAGUGGCCAGUCCUGGAAUCAAGAUGUGAGACCAAGAAAUUAUUUCUGAAGAAGGAAAUUUAUGAAAUAGAGUCAGCGCAGUGGGAGAUAAUGGAAAGACUUACAAGACAUGACCUUCAGUGCUCUAGUUUCAGAGAUGAUUGGGAAUGUAAUGGCCAGUUUGAGAAACAACAUGGCUCUCAGGAGGGACACUUCAGUCAACUGAUAUUCACCCAUGAAGGCAUGUCCACUUUCAGUCAGCAUCCAUCCUUUACUUUACAGCAAAUCAUUAAUAAUAAAGAGAAAUACUGUACAACUAAGGAAUAUAGGAAAACCUUUAGACAUGACUCACAAAUUAAUACACAUCAGAUAAUUCAUACCAUUGAGAAACCCUAUGAAUGUAAGGAAUGUGGAAAGGCCUUUAGACAUCCUUCAAGACUCAGUCAUCAUCAGAAAAUUCAUACUGGCAAGAAGCCCUUUGAAUGUAAGGAAUGUGGGAAAACUUUUAUUUGUGGUUCAGACCUUACUCGACAUCACAGAAUUCACACUGGUGAGAAACCCUAUGAAUGUAAGGAAUGUGGAAAGGCCUUUAGUAGUGGUUCAAACUUCACACGACAUCAGAGAAUUCACACUGGUGAAAAGCCCUAUGAAUGUAAAGAAUGUGGGAAGGCUUUUAGUAGUGGCUCAAACUUUACUCAACACCAGAGAAUUCAUACAGGGGAGAAACCCUAUGAAUGUAAGGAAUGUGGCAAUGCCUUUAGUCAGAGUUCACAACUUAUUAAACAUCAGAGAAUACAUACAGGUGAGAAACCCUAUGAAUGUAAGGAAUGUGAAAAGGCUUUUCGUUCUGGUUCAGACCUUACUCGACAUCAGAGAAUUCAUACUGGUGAGAAGCCCUAUGAAUGUAAGAUAUGUGGGAAAGCCUAUUCUCAGAGUUCACAACUUAUUAGUCAUCAUAGAAUUCAUACUGGUGAGAAACCCUAUGAAUACAGAGAAUGUGGAAAGACCUUUAAUUAUGGCUCACAACUUAUUCAACAUCAAAAUUUGUACUGGUGAUAAACCAUAGAAUAUAUGAGAUCUGGGGGAAGGCUUUUAAUUACAGCUCAAAACUAUUCAACAUAAAAAAAAAACUAUUCAACAUUAGGGAAUUUAUCUUGAUAAUAAUCCCUUUAAAUAGAAUAAUGUAGGAACAUCUUAUUUGUUGACUCCAGCUUAUUCAGCCUGGGAAAAAUCAUGUAGGAGAAACACCCUACAAGUAGAAUAUAUUUUAGAAGCCCAUUAAUAAAAACGUAUUUUUCUUUUGACAUCAGAUAAUACAAGCUAGCAAAUACUGAAAGUCACAGCACUUUUGACACCUUUUUAACCUUAUUUUAAACCUCAGGAUUCAUGCUGAAAUAACCUAAUUUUCAUUUCCCCUAAUUUGUAUAUAGUUGCUAUAUUUUUAAUGUUUUAACCCAUCUUAAGUUUAUGUGACUGUAAAGACCAUCUCUUUACAUCACGUUCUGUAAAACACUUUUAAUAUCUGAAAGAAGUGACUUCUUUAUUCAAAGAUGGCUUAUUUUUGUUAUUUACAAAACUUAGGCUUUCUUGUAAAAACAUUGAUAACAACGUUCCACACAGUAACUAGAGAUCCUUUCAUAGCUUCCUGGUAUUUCCUUAUGUUGCUGUGAUAUCAUUUUAUCAAAAUCUUAUUGAUAGACAUUGUAGUUUCCCAGAGUUUUUGCCAUUAUACACAGUGCCCUAAUGGAAAUUCUCCCUAAGCAUAUCUUUGUAUCAUGUAUUUUAAUUGCAGAAAUAAUGCAUGAACAUAUUUUCCUUUUAAAAGAUUUAAACAUUGCAAAAAAAGGCAAACAUACCCUUUGACUACCAUCCUUGUAUCCAUUUCCCUUUUUGAAGGAUAGUCAUUAUCUGUUUAGUAUUUAUCCUUCCUGAGCAUUUUUCUGUGUUUUUAUACAUAUUUGUCUCAGUAGAAAUUAUAAAAUGGGGAUAAUUAUAAUACCUACCUCAAAAUUUUGUGUGAGGAUCAAAUUAAGAUACAUAAAGUGCUUAGAAUUGUGCCUGUCAUAUAAUAAAUACUCAGUGAAUGUUGGUCCUUA